AGGGUUAUCCAGAAGAUAAGGAUGGAUAAGAAGAAAGAAAGAGCAUCAAAGAAUAAGCCUAAUCCAGGAAACAGCAAUGAGGAUUUGAAGAUUUCAGGUAAAGGAUCGGUUUGUACGGAGCGUCCUGUAAUGGUGAAUGUAUUGUGUGUUCUCCAACCCUUAUAGAUAUGCAGCGAGUUCGGACUCUGCCAGUGUGUUAUGGCACCAGCUGAAUCCUCUUUGGAGCCAAACUGCUGUUACCAUCUUUAAGGGCCAUUUACUAACCUGAGAAUUCAAAGUGAAUUUUAAAUUUAAGGACAAAAUAGCCGAACUGGAAACCUUCUCCAAGUCAUGUCUACUUCUUAGAUCAGCUAGUCUGGCCUUUAAUUCCCUCUUUAGUAAAUAAGUGUUAGUUAUUAGCCUGAUUAGUAUUAUCAGCGGUUUGCCGUGACCAAAUUCUGCUAACUCCCACGCAUUUUACACAUCAUGUUAUCGGUGUUAUUUUACCUGUUUGUGAUUGUUUAUCUGUCUCUGUAGCAAACAUCGCCCUGGAUAGGACACAACUGACUGCAGGUAAUGACCAUUGUUAGCUAUUAUUCAUAUUAAUAAAGGUGAAAUCCUUAUAAAACCGUUUUAUUUACACAUUUUAUAACUAUAAUUGUGCUGCCGUUCUAAGAUUUACAAAACGGAAAGUCAAUGUAUUUAAACAAUGUACAUUCACUUUAUCCGUCAGCUAGUGAGAAAUAACUCCACUUUAUAUCGCUGCGUUUUGGAAAUUCGUUUUUUUUUUUUCCUUUUGAUAUUUUAUUAUUGGUCGAUUUUUACUUUUUAUAUUCACAUAGCUGUUCUUUCUGCAUCAUCCUUUUUUCAGCCAGGGAAUGACUUAUUUUUGAAAGCAGUCGCUGGAGAAUUUGUCUAGUUUACAUCUUUUGACCUAAAACAUGUAACACCCUUCACAACUCUCUGCAAUGUGCAUUUUUGUGACUGAAUCCCAGAUUCCCAGAGAGUUGUGUAUUUUCUGUAAUAAGAAUCUUUCCCGUGUACACUGUGUCAGUGUUGUGUUAUUUACAGAGGAUUACCAAUGCACUGGCAUCCUGGAGCAAGAUUUUACCGAGCUUUGCUGUCGAGUGGGAUAUAUUGAAAUUCCAAAAGUCCUUGCAUACCCAUCUACGCCAGGAUCUGAAAAAACUGGUAAGCUGAAACUCUCUGCGAUAUUAUGGGCCAAGUAUAUCGCUCUGCUUAGAACUGAUCAUAUAGUCGUCAGUUUAGGGGUAUUCAGGGGUCCUCAGCUGUUGUGGAAAACAUCAAGGCUUUUGUUAAUUGUUGAUCUUUGUGUCCAACAGAUAAUUCAGAAAGUGCAGAUGUUAUCCAGGUCGGAUCAGGCCAGACAUCUGAUAGGUUCUCCUACUUUAAACCCAAAAUACAGAUUCUAAUGGAAAAUGAAGACCCAAAAUCCAUUAAAGAGAUUUCUAUCCGAGGUAUGUCUGUCCAUCUGCCCUGUUUGUAGAAAUGUAAACACUUCAUUCUAUACAACCAACCAAAUCUUAACUUUUUGUUGAACAAACUGGGAAAUCUGGCCUCCCCAUGUUUGUUUGUUCUUGAUAACAUCCCUCUACGAUUUGCUUCCAUUCACAUUACUGCGAAUAUCAAGUUAUAAUACAAAAUGGGGACGGGCCUGAAUCACGGUGAGUGGAGCUUUAUUUAAAGGUCCUUGCAGUGAUAUUUCGAUUACGUUUGGCUGUGAUAUCCGGUGGAAUGAAAGGCAAGGGUUACAACACGUUGUACGAUACAGAUCGAUUUCACGUGUUUUAUAGUGGGAAAAUCUGUAUGAAAUAAAAUCUUUUUUUAAUCCGUGAACCUCAUAAACACUGACUUUGUAAAAUAUUACUUUAUCUCUUUGUUUUACAGGGUGGAAGAUUGAAAGUAAAAUGAUCAGCGUUCUUGCUAAGUGUCUGCCUGCGCUUGCCAAUCUGCAAACUGUCAGGUGAAUAAUACAUCGAAUCCCUUCUUUCUCCAGUCACUGCCAAACCGCUAACAUAGGAGAUGUAUGCCCAUUAGCAAUGUUAGACGCAUGUCUAGGGUGCUGAUCCCAUUAGACUGUUAUAUGUUGCAGUAAUGGAAAAACAGAAUGAGAAUAACGCACAACGUUCAGGCAAAGGAAGAACAAUAUUCAUGAAACCUUUUAUUUACACGUAAUCACCUGACUCUGCAGCUUUGUCUAGGCCCAGUGUACUUAACCCUAACUGAGUGAAGACUUAAUGUCAGUAUCCUUAAACCAGACUGAGCAAAGACUUAAUGUCAGUAUACUUAAACCUAAAUGAGCGAAGACUUAAUGUCAGUGUACUUAAACCUAACAGCAGAGACUUAAUGUCAGUGCCCCCACCCUCAGGUUCCCCCUCCCGCCGCGCUCUAGGGGGUGGAAGGGGUUGAACGUACCUCUUUCUCCAGCGCCGGGCGGGGAGUUCGCCUCCUCCUUCUCUCCGCCUCCUCUCCUCCUUUCCUAUGGACGCUGGCGUCUUCUCACUGUGAAAAUCACAGUGAGAAGCACACAAGCGCCUCUAGUGGCUGUCAAUGAGACAGCCACUAGAGGCUGGAAUAACCCUAAUAUAAAUAUAGCAGUUUCUCUGAAACUGCUAUGUUUAUAGAAAAAAGGGUUAAUCCUGGCUGGACCUGCCACCCAGACCACUUCAUUAAGCUGAAGUGUUCUGGGUGCCUAUAGUGGCCCUUUAAACCAGACUGAGCGAAGACUUAAUGUCAGUAUACGUAAACCUAACUGAGCGAAGACUUAAUGUCAGUAUCCUUAAACCUAACCGAGCAAAGACUUAAUGUCAGUAUACUUUGUAGCAAACUCACCCCUUUAAAAGAGUUUGCCAUGAGCUUUUGGAAGGGCCUGCUUGCCCACCUCCUGCCAUGUGACUAUGGUCCUGGGGGUAUUGCCCUUUAAAGACAGUAUUUGGGCAUAUUGUAUUUUACUGCACUGUUUCUGGCCCUUUAAGUACUUUGGGAGAAGACCUGCAGUUUUGGCUUGGCACUUCGGAUGCCGCCGAAAUAGUCAAGUGGCCGCCAUUCGAAAACUGAACACGUGGCGGCAGCCAUUUUGAUUCAUUCGAAUGCGGUCAGCGUGUGUGCUGUCAAAUCUACAGAACAGUUUUCGGCUACCCAAUUGCACGAACACCGCUGACCUGUACAUUCUCCUCUACUUCGACACUGCGGCUGGAGACUAAGUCCCGUUCUAAGAUUCGAAUGCUCGUUCGAAUGGUACUUAGCCAUUUUUCAGUGAGAAAUUGACCGACCGCAGAGCCCAAAUCUAUGGAACUGUUUUGGGCAGGAAAAUAAAGGGACCUCCACCUAACUUUUUAACCCCUGAACGGAUUUGUGUGGUUUUUACACAUGUUGCUCCCCGAGUUAUGCUGAUCACAGAAAUUUAGUUUUAUUCGUAUGUGAUGUAAAAUCAGGGCGUUAUAAAAAUGUAUAAAAAGUAUAAUUUUUCAGCUUGGAGAUAAUUGGGUAGAUACAGUAAGUAACUCAAUUAUCCCCCAAGCAGAGGGGAGGGAAUAUGUGGGAUGUAACCAUUGUUUGAUUGGCUAAUGCAUAAUUGUCUGUGGGUGUCUCCCUUGCAUGGGAGAAAUGCUAAAUAACAGGGUUUACGUGGACUAAAAGAUCAGUUCUCCUCCUGAUACUGUGUGUCGUCCAGUUAUUGGGAAAGGUGAUGGGAUAUUAUGGGAUUGUCUUACUGAUCGUGCCUGCUACUCUAUUGAAUUAUUUUAUUUAUUACUGUGGGGGUUUCUCCUGGGUUAACUACUUGUUCCUGAGCCAUACUAGGAUUACCAGCGGAAAUAGUCUGUGAGAGACCAGCAUUCCGCUACAUACUUAAACCUAACUGAGCGAAGACUUAAUGUCAGUAUAUGUAAUAUAAAGUCUCAGUACAUCUGUUUAUUGUAAUGUGUUUUCUUUCAGCUGCUGGAAUGUAGGUCUAACUGAUGACACUUUCUCAUCUUUUGUGGAUAUCCUGCAUCGCUGCCCCAACGUCCGGUACGGUGUGAUUAUUCUCCAGAGUUUGAUAAAUGUAACAAAGCAAAUCAGAAAAUAUAACGUACCACAGAUCUUUACUGAGUGUCAAAUGAUUCACAUUUAAAUAUAGAUUACCAUUGAGUUAGAUAAUGAUGGGGUACCAUUGAGUCGGGUAAUGAUGGGGUACCAUUGAGUCGGGUAAUAAUGGGGUACCAUUGAGUCGGGUAAUAAUGGGGUACCAUUGAGACGGGUAAUAAUGGACAUCAAUUCCUCAGGAUGUACUUGGCAACUACCUACAACAUAAACACACAAAUCCAGAUUAAAUGCUUUAAUAGUAUCAUAUACAAGGUUAUGUUGCUUAUUAUUGGGAUAUCGAUAAAGGGAUACAGUAGGCACCAUAACCAUUUAUCUAAUUGAAGUGGCUAUAGCAGAGUCUCAUGGUCCAAUUCCUCCAUUCAGUGUUAAACCAUUUUCGAGCAGUAUAACCAUGAAUGAGAAUCCUUGGCUUCAGUUCCGCCCACACUGGGGUCUGAUUAAGGCAGAUAUUACACACUUCCUUCUAGCCAUAAUGAUUCAUAACAGCAAUGGACUAUGUGAUAGGCUGAAAGCAGUUAGCUGACUCUCUCAGCCAAUCACAGCCACCCAUUGCUGCUCAGGUUAAUGCUUCCUCUUUAAAGCGGUAAUGUCAUUGCCACAUCCGUUUUUUUGGGUUUUUUGAAACCCCCGUCCCGACUCUACUUCAUCGCCCCUAAACCCCCAUAUUGCCUAUUUUUAAAUCUUAUUUUGUGCCCGGACCUAGGUCCUGGGCACCGUCAUCUUUGUGUGAGCAGAUGAAGUCCCUGUGGGACACAUCAUGUGCCCUCAUUAGAUAGUGCUGUGAAAUUCCCGUGCAUGCACAGUUAAACUCUGGGGCAUUUGCUAAUGUCAAAAAGACGAAUGAAUGAAUAGAAAUGUCAGACGAACAAACACAGAAUGCCGGUAUUCGGUUGUUCAUUGAGUUUUUUUUUACAAGGAAGGAGCUACCAGCGAGCAGCUCCCUCCUUGUAAUAUGUAAAACUAGAAGCAACAGGGAGCAGUGCUCCCCAACACUUCCUAAGCCCCGCAUGUCAUCCCUCACUCUAUGGCAGGGCUGCUCAACAGGGAGCUCCCCAGAUGUUGUAGAACUACAACUCCCAUGAUGCUUUGUCAUUCUAAAGGCAGGCAAAGCAUCAUGGGAGUUGUAGUUCUACAACAUCUGGGGAUCUACCUGUUGGGCAGCCCUGAUAUAUGGGGAUCGAUAGGACCCCUAUAUUAGCAUAAGUGUGAUUGAAAUCUCCUGAAUGCCUCUACUCGCUAUGCCGCGAGUAGGGGCAUGUCUACUAAACAGUGAGCAACCUGUGUGCCCCCACCCCCUCUAAUAACUGGUCCUCAUGGUGGGGCAUCUAUUAACUAGCAAGUGGGGCUAUUCAACUAAUUCAACUAAAUGGGGGCCCUAAAUGUCAAUAAGUGGAAGACCUUAUGCUCAUGGGUGGGGCGGGCGGGGGUCCUAAAAGACAAUGGGGGGAUCUAUUGUCCUCCCCUCCCCCCCACUCGGCCCCACCCAUGAGUGGCACCAAGCCCCUAGUCACACCCGCACCAAAAAAAAUAUAAAAUAUAGCCCUACCUAACCCCUUCACCCUAAAAAUAGUGGGGAACAAAAAAACUGAAUACCUGUAAAUUAAAAAAAAAAAAGCUUACCAUUUGAUGUCUUCUUUUUUCUAAAACUUUUUUUUUUUUCAGCCCCAAAAAAGGGCAAAAGGGAAAAUUAAAAUCCAGUAAACCAAUUGAACUUAUAAAAUAAAAAGACCCAGCGCAUAAAAAAAAAAAAACACGUAAAAAAAAAAAUCCAGACGCUUAAAAAAAGAAUCCAUCUUCACCCAGCGAGGGCACCGCUCAGAUUGAGCUCCGCAGGGCGGGGAAGGGCUUAUAAAGCUUCCCCAUGCCCUGCAGUUUGACUCCGUGUGCUCCAAUUGGUUGGUUUAAGCCAACCAUUAAGAGUGCUCUGAUAAGUAAAUAGAUGCCCUACCACGGGGCCAUUUAAGAGAGGGGAGGCGGGGGAGCUUUUUCUUUUUUAAGUAUUAUUUUUUUACUACAGUGAGCAGCCACAGGCUCACUGUUUACAAGACAUGCCCCUACUUGUGGGAAUUAGGGAGCUAUCGACUUAAAUGGCUGCAAGAUGCAGCUGCAGCAUGGAUCGGAAAUUCAUUCAUUCAAAUUAAAUUUCGAACCGACCUAAAAGUACCGAUUGUCGUCCUAACAUGAAUGAACAAUCUGUUCUCUUUCUGUUAGGGCAAAAUUCUGUAGUUUCGCCGGCGUUCUGUUUAAAUGACAGGACGUUUGGGAAUACUGAAAGCAGGCAUCGCGAGAUCACAGAGGAAAAGGUGAGUAUUGUGGGAAAAUUUCUUUGACCUACAGUAAGUGGGUCAGAGUAGGUCAAGCGUAGGAAAAAUACAUAAGAAAAAGUAGUCCCUACUUUGUCUUAUGUUUUAAAGAAAACUAAAGUAGAUAGUAAGAAAAGAAGAACAGAUCCUGAGAGAGGGUGAGAAGAGGAAGCGAUAGGGAGUGCUGCUUUAAGUUUGGAUUCAAAUAUUGUUGAAUGGGUAAGGCAGUGGCUGAGUGACAGGCAACAGAGGGUUGUAGUUAAUGGAAUAUAUUCGAAGCUUGGACUUGUCACCAGUGGGGUACCUCAUGGAUCUGUACUUGGACCCAUUCUCUUUAAUAUUUUUAUUACUGAUAUUGCAGAAGGUCUUGAUGGUAAGGUAUGUCUUUUUGCUGAUGAUACUAAGAUAUGUAACAGGGUUGAUGUUCCAGGAGGGAUAAGCCAAAUGGCAAAUGAUUUAGGUAAACUAGAAAAAUGGUCAGAAUUGUGGGAACUGACAUUUAAUGUGGAUAAGUGCAAGAUGAUGCAUCUUGGACGUAAAAACCCAAGGGCAGAGUACAGAAUAUUUGAUAGAGUCCUAACCUCAACAUCUGAGGAAAGGGAUUUAGGGGUGAUUAUUUCUGAUGACUUAAAUGUAGGCAGACAAUGUAAUAGAGCAGCUGGACAUGCUAGCAGAAUGUUUGGUUGUAUAGGGAGAGGUAUUAGCAGUAGAAAGAGGGAAGUGCUCAUGCCAUUGUACAGAACACUGGUGAGACCUCACUUGGAGUAUUGUACACAGUACUGGAGACCGUAUCUUCAGAAGGAUAUUGAUACCUUAGAGAGGGUUCAGAGAAGGGCUACUAAACUGGUUCAUGGAUUGCGGGAUAAAACUUACCAGGAAAGGUUAAAGGAUCUUAACAUGUAUAGCUUGGAGGAAAGACGAGACAGGGGGGAUAUGAUAGAAACAUUUAAAUACAUAAAGGGAAUCAACACAGUAAAGGAGGAGACUAUAUUUAAAAGAAGAAAAACUACCACAACAAGAGGACAUAGUCUUAAAUUAGAGGGACAAAGGUUUAAAAAUAAUAUCAGGAAGUAUUACUUUACUGAGAGGGUAGUGGAUGCAUGGAAUAGCCUUCCAGCUGAUGUGGUAGAGGUUAACACAGUAAAGGAGUUUAAGCAUGCGUGGGAUAGGCAUAAGGCUAUCCUAACUAUAAGAUAAGGCCAGGGACUAAUGAAAGUAUUUAGAAAAUUGGGCAGACUAGGUGGGCCGAAUGGUUCUUAUCUGCCGUCACACUCUAUGUUUCUAUGUUAUUACUCCAAGCAGUACAGAGGGGAUUGGCUUCUGCGGACACAGGCAAUAUAACCACUUCAAUGAGAUGAAGCAGUUACAGUGCCUACAGUGUCCCUGUGUUAAAGUUAGCUGUGUUAUUAAGAGUUAUUCUAGUCCCAGCCACUGUGUUGGGUUACGUCUCGGUUGUUUUUAUAAUUCAGUCUAGACUUGCAGACUACAGCAGUGUAAAUCCUCACGUCAUGUUUUCCUUUGAGUGUAAGCUGCUGAUAAUAAACAGAAUGUGAAGACUUCAGUAUAGGAAGCGAUACGCAAGUGAAACCGGUUUUGUGGCGACUAAUGAAACUGUAUUUAUUUAGUAAACCUUUUUGAUUCAUUAAAAACCUUCAUUGACAUGUCUUGCUCUUCACACCAGGAAAGUUAUCUUGGAAGGAACUCCGCUGCCUCAACAAUCCUUUCAUAAACUCAUUACGGACGAUUUGCCGUAAGUAACUCCGUAAUCAGAACUGCCCGCGGGAAUGGAACCUUGUAUUUGUAAGUUUGCUUUAUAUAUUGUAGAGAUUCAUGGGUGGCUUCGCUGUACAGGAAUAAUGGAGAAAUGAUAAGGAAAUUGCAAAUAUUAGCUAGAAUAUCAGAGCUAGAAAAUAGCUGAAUAGUUAGAGAAUUUUUCCAAUUUGAUUAUUUUGGCCUACAAUUUGCUAAUUUUUUGACAUUCCUCCACAAUUCCAAAAGCACCGAAACCACUUCAACUUAAUGAAAACCCUCUUCUUCUAUAAAACAUUCAGGAAUCCAGAAGGCCUCUGCAUUCUGGAUAAUCACACAAAGUAUGAUGACGCUGAAGGCGUCCAAUGCUUCUUGUAGAUUUGCACUAAUUUCAUUACUUCUCCAUGAGAAACAUUUGAUUGGCAGAGUGUGGAGAUUACUAAGUAAAUACCCCUCUCCCCAGUACUCCUCUGUGGAAACCACUGGAUUGGACAAGUCAUCUUUUCUGAUGUCACAGAGGGCGGCCCUACAUAUCCUUGCUAAUAAAUAAAUCUCAAACAUUCCGACCACUCCACUGUACUGGUGACUUAAACCUUUCCUCAAUUCACAGCCACACUGCCGCCAACUGCCUUUUUCACGGCUUCUCUAAGGCUGCACUGUAUUAAUGGAAUUCCCUUUCCAUUGCCAGUUCGGCUUAUUACAACUUUUCAAACAUUUAAGAAAAUCUUUAAAACCCAGCUAAUUAUCUCUCCUCUGGAGCAUGCUCUGUUAUGUCUUUGUUCAGCCUUACUGUUGUUGGAUAUUAUUUAGUAACUCUGCCAUCGAUACUCCUCCAACCCCUACUCAGAGCAAAAUGGCCUUUCCCUUUACCUGCAGUGUAUCUGCUCGCCACCUCCGUUAUGUUGAGAGCUUGUUUGAGCAGGACCUCAUUGCCUCUUGUAAAUCAAACCAGUGUGUUUAAAGAAGCACUCCAGAUCCCUAAAGCGGUUUAGCUUGCUAAAAAGCUUUAUGUGCUAAGAGUGUGUCUUAUUUGUUUUCAUUUUGCAAAUAGUGCAGAUUUCAAUAGACACUGACCCUUUUUAUAAAUGAACCUUGUUACACCCACAUAACUUUCAAGCAGACAACCUGUCCUGUUACUUCCUGGUUUUGUUAGUUCAGUGAAGAUCAACUCAAGAGAACAAUUUCCCAGAGCAGCUGCCUUGUAUAGACUUCUCAUUGAGCUGUAUUGGGAAGGCUGUGAUUGGACAACCACAGAAAGUCUGGGCGGGGUUAGAAGGGGAGGGCUUGCAAAGGCUGCAGACACAAGAUCUACAGUAUUUACAAGCGGACUUUAGAUACACCCCAAUGGAAAAAUGCAUAAUUAAAGGUAUGCAUGUUUGCAUCUGGGCUAUAUCUACAUUUUGUAUUUGGGCAGUGGAGUGCCCCUUUAAUUUAUUUGUAUAUCUUGUGAACCCAUUGUACAGUGCUGAAAUUGUUGGUGCUUUUUAAAGGGACACUAUUGUAUUUGUUCUGUUGAGUAGAAUCCGUCAUUUUUUGCAGUAAACACUGUUCGUUUCAAAGAAAAUGCAGUGUUUACAUUACAGCCUAGGGAUACCUCCACUGGCCACUCCUCAGAUGGCUGCUGAGGUGCACCCUGUGCAUGGAGACUCUAAACUUUCCUCAUAGAGAUGUAUUGAAUCAAUGCUGAUUCUGAUUGGCCAGGACUGUGUUUGGCUCUGCCCCGAUCUGCCUCCUUGACAGUCUCAGCCAAUCCUAUGGAAAACAUUGUGGUUGGCUCAGAACAACACUUCUGCUGAUGUCAGACAAGCAGGCAGGUCAGGGGCAGAGCCAACAGUUAGAUUUUACUAUAUUUAGGAGCGCCAGGGGGCUAGAUUGUGGUGUUAACACCAUAGGGUUAGGAAUACAUGUUUGUGUUCCUGAUCCUAUAGUGUUCAUUUAAAGGAACACUAUAGUCACCUAAAUUACUUUAGCUAUAUAAAGCAGUUUUAGUGUAUAGAUCAUUCCCCUGCAAUCUCACUGCUCAAUUCACUGUCAUUUAGGAGUUAAAUCACUUUGUUUCUGUUUAUGCAGCCCUAGCCACACCUCCCCUGGCUAUGAUUGACAGAGCCUGCAUGAAAAAACUGGUUUCACUUUCAAACAGAUGUAAUUUACCUUAAAUAAUUGUAUCUCAAUCUCUAAAUUGAACUUUAAUCACAUACAGGAGGCUCUUGCAGGGUCUAGCAAGCUAUUAACAUAGCAAGGGAUAAGAAAAUCUUAAUUAAACAGAACUUGCAAUAAAGAAAGCCUAAAUAGGGCUCUCUUUACAGGAAGUGUUUAUGGAAGGCUGUGCAAGUCACAUGCAGGGAGGUGUGACUAGGGUUCAUAAACAAAGGGAUUUAACUCCUAAAUGGCAGAGGAUUGAGCAGUGAGGCUGCAGGGCCAUGUUCUAUACACCAAAACUGCUUCAUUAAGCUAAAGUUGUUCAGGUGACUAUAGUGUCCCUUUAAAUAAUAUUUUGGGGGGCAAGAAAUAAAUGUACUAAACACAUGUGGUUUUGAUUUAAUUUAUUUCACUCUAAUGAUACAGGUUCACACAUAUUUCCUUACGGAACAACAAAAUUGAUGAUGAAGGAGCCCGACUCCUGAGCCAAUCUCUCCGAAGCCUCAAGAUGACGAACAAGAGUUUGGCUGUACUGACCCUCGCCUUCAAUCAUAUCUCUGAUCUGGGAGCUUGUCAUAUUGCUGAGGUGAGGGGAUUGUUAGAGAUUUCCCACUGUUCUUCUUGUGAUGAAAUAUUCCUCAUAUUUUCCAUAGGGUCACUGUGAGUGGCUCCCCCUUGUGGCUUCUUGGGGCGAUUGUUUAAUUUUCUGGUUAUGUUUGUCAUGAUUUUUAUUGUAAAUUGCCACCACGUUAUCUUACCGUUGUUUUCAGGCCUUACGACGCCACCGUGCACUGCUUUCGUUGAACUUGGCAAGCAAUCAGAUAGGUGAUAAAGGAGCCCUCGCACUGGCAGAGGUUUGUAGAAGUUACAGCUUUUUUAUGUUUUUAUAUAAAUAAAACGAUAUAAACCACUAAAAUACCUUUCUAUGCUUGGUUUCAGAUCCUCGGACAUUUCUCAUUGACACACACAGAGAUUGUGGAAAGAAGGAAGUUAUUAAUGGAAAAAGAAAGUCGCGACCAUCCGAGAUCGGUGAGAAUAGUGCAGGUUCUUUGCUAGCACGGCACUGUGAGCUUAUAAUGGACUGGUUGCCUGUGAUUAAAAUUCUCUACAGGUCUGGACUGACACUCUGGGAUGUUUAUUUGGAGACCACAGUUCCUGACCAGGCUCUCAGACUGUGAUGAGUAUGUAUGAUGUGGCUGUAUUUGGAAGCAACUGUGGAUUGAGAGGAUACACCGAUGUCUCUGGAUGUUCAGGCAUACUGAGAUCUCUGGGAAAAUUCCUUUAUGCUGAGCUGGUCUUACUGACAGAGGGAGUAGGGUGAUUGCUAGGAGGGACUGACAGACUGGAUCCCCAAGGGGUGUCCUAAAAAAACCCAGGUGUCCAGUUAUACAAUUUGUGAAAAUGUGACUUUAUUUCACCAUAUUUGGAGUUAAUUAUACAGCACAGUGUGGGUGUAUUACUGUGGAUGCAGGGUUAAUACAGCAGAUAUGGUGUUAAUACAGCAUGAUACAGGGGUUAAAACAGCAGGUACGAGGGAUAAUAUAGCAGAUAUGGGGUUAAUACAGAUAUGGGGUUUAUACAGCAGGUACGAGGGAUAAUAUAGCAGGUACGAGGGAUAAUAUAGCAAGUACGAGGGAUAAUAUAGCAAGUACGAGGGAUAAUAUAGCAGGUACGAGGGAUAAUACAGCAGGUACGAGGUUAAUACAGCAGGUACAGGGGUUAAUAGAGCAGGUGUGGGGUUAAUACAGCGGUUCCCAAACUGUGAUGUGCACACAGGGGUGCCGCUGAAUGUUUGCCCGGUGCUAUGAUUAUAGCUGCGGUGCCGCUGUCCGUUGAGACCCCGACCGACCCCUGUAAUGUUGGCCGGCAGUGAGUCAGUGCCAGGAGGGAGAGGAGGCAGCUGCAGCAUGACGGGAGAGGAACAUGAAGAGCACCAGACCCCUCACUCCCACAGCAGCAGGACUCCAAGCCACCCUCCUGGCACAUUAAGUAAGCUAACAGGAGGGUGGCUGGAGAUAUAAAAAAAAUCCCUUGUGGGUGUAUGAGUUAGAGUGUGUGUAGGAGUAUGAUUGUGUGUAUUAGUGUGAGUAUGAGUGUAUGUAUAUGUGCAGACAUCCCAACUUGCAAAACCCAAUUUCAGGGAGGUGGCUACCCCUGUCACCAUGCGCACCCCCACAUACUGCCACCCCCCCUUCCCCUCCAUGAGGGGAGACACACACACACACUGGCACAUACACAACUUAACACACAAAUACACACACUCAGUAACACACACUGACACAUACAUCCAAACACAGGUGCCCACACUGGCACAUACACACAAAUACACACACUGGCAUAUACACACAGAUACACUCUGACACCCAAAUACACACUGGUACAUACACACGGACACAUAUACACACGGACACACAGAUACACACUGGCACAUACAGACAAUCAGACACACAUAACAGCCACCUGUUCGAUUACUUUUUGGGGUCCUGGCUGAGGCUGAUGGGAGUGAGCAUGUAGUUGCUCACUCCAGCCUCUCCAUGCUGCCUGUGCUGCUGCCUGUGCUGCUGCCUCCUCCUCCCUCCUCCGUGGCUGUCUGUUUAGCUGGGAGAAAGUGACCUCCCUCCCAGCCGGCAGGAACUGCAGGGGCUCAGUCAGGCUCUUAAAGGGCCUGACACCCAACCAGGCCCCUGCUCAGAAAUAACACCCAUCGGGUGAGUAAUCAUUAGGGGGGCAGGAGGGAAAGUUAUUUUGAGCAUUUUAAAUGUGUAGUAUCCUGGAAAUUAAACACACACAAUCUGACAUGCAUUGUAUGUUAGAUUGUGUGUGUGAUUUCCGUGAUAUUGCAAAUGGUGUGCGGGUGUCAGGGAGCCAUAUUAAAUAUGCGGGAGUCUCCCGGACCCACCGGGAGACUUGGGAUGUCUGUGUGUGUAUGUGUGAGUCUCAGUGUGUGUCUGGGUGUGUGUGUAUGUAUAUAUGUGUGUGUGUGUGUGUGUGUGUGUGUGUGUGUAUAUAUAUAUAUAUAUAUAUAUAUAUAUAUAUAUAUAUAUAUAUAUAUAUAUAUAUAUAUAUAUAUAUAUAUAUAUAUCUCUAUCUAUCUAUCUAUAUAUAUAUCUCUAUCUAUCUAUCUAUAUAUAUCUCUCUCUCGUGUUCAAGUAGAGAUUGUAGCCGUAUUAGUCCAGUGAUGUAGAUGUAAAAAAAGAUAAAAUUUGUAUCUUGUAAUACCUUUUUUUUUAUUGGACUAACAUAAUUUUUUUAAUGACAAGCUUUCGGGAGAAUCUCCCUUUCUCAAGUUUGAAGCAUUUUUGCUCAGAUACGAUUUUUAUCUGUUUUUUAUAUAUAAAUAUGUGUGUGUUUGUGUGUGUGUGUGUUUAUGUAUGUGUGUGUGUGUGUGUGUAUGUAUGUAUAUAUAUAUAUAUAUAAUCAGUGUGCUUCUGUGUCUGUGCUCACACAUGUGUGUCAGGGUGUGUGUUUUUAUGUCAGUGUGUGUAUCUGUGUCAUGGUGUGGGCAUGUUUCAAUGUUUGUGUCUGUCAGGGUGCAUGUCUGUAUGUGUCGUGUCUGUAUGUGUCGGUGUAUUUAUAUGCAUCUGUGUGUUAAUGUGCAGGAAUAUCUGUGUAAGUAUGUAUGUAUUUAGUAGUGUAUGUGCAUACAUCCAAGCAGCCAAACACCAGCACAACAUACAAACACACUCCUGCAAUCUAACACAAAUAUUACAAACACACCCCUGCAUUCAAAUGAAAAAAAAUACAAACACACCCCUUCACUCAAACACAAAUACUUCACACAAAUGUACAUCCACAUUUAAAAGUGAACAUUCAGACACACCCCUGCAAUCAAACGCAAACAUUACAUACAAACACUCCCCUGUAUUAAAACAAUAACUGUAUACAAGCACCACUUCAAACACCAACACUGUACAUUACACUAUAGCGGCAGCAAAUGCUGCAGCGCUGUACAGUUAUACAACCUAAAUAGUUUGACUUGGGGUGCUUUGAAAAAAUACUGAAAUAUUAAGGGCGCCUUGAACCUAAAUAGUUUGGGAACCACUGGGUUAAUAGACUGUAAGCUCGUUUGAGCAGGGUCCUCAUCUACCUAUUGUUCCUGGUACAUUUUAUUAUUGUCUAGUUUAUUAAAUUCCCCUUUUAAUGUAAAGCUCUGUGGAAUAAGCUGGUGCUAUAUAAAUACCAAUAAUAACAAUAAUACGGCAGUUGUGCAGUUUACAAAUGUACUGUAAUACUUUAAAUUCAUUAAAUGAUUUGGUGUUACAAUGAGCUUUGUAGAAGAUGUUGGAAGUGGUUAAUGCAGGGGGGAAAGUGUGAGGGGUGGUAUAUUUGCCAAAUCGCAAUGCCCUGUUGUAGUGCAUAUAAUCUUCGACCUCACAGUUCCCGCAGUCUCCAUCUGCCAGACCUAUGUAUGAUCUGCGACAUGUCAGCAGGACCAUGGGGUUCAUGUACAAAAAAACAAAUGUGUAUACGUUCCUGUGUCAAACGUUGCCGGCUCUGCGCUAUCUGGAGGCCAAAUGUAAAGGAGAACAUUUCUAAACUAAAAUGUGUCUUCUCUAAACAGCCGGCCACAUCACGACAUGGGGACGCGAAGAGUGAUCGGCCACCAAGCCACCAGAGCACUGUGGCUCUCGACAAAUCCCAAGUGCUAAAAUCAAACAAAGGCUCAGUGAAGAAGAAUCCCAAGGUAAGACGGAGACCACGUUAUAACACAAACACAGGAAUUCUUACAUUAUAGAUACAGUCAUGGGAUAACUUUGAGUAGUGCAUUGUAGCAGUAUUACCAUCUAAACACUAGGAGGCUGUUGUUUGUUCUGCUUGCAAUUUAUGCUUUGUUUAACCUGGGGCAGCUCACACUUAUACACAAUCAUUGUUCACAUGGAGACAUUCUUCGGGUUCAGUUAAUAAGUAACUGACAUUGUUGUAGGAUGCCCAGAAGAAAGAGGACAAAUCGGUGGCCAACACUCAUGGAGGUGGAACGUCCAGUAUAAUGAACCAAGCUGCCCUGGCCAAGAAAGACGACAGUAAAUCAUCGAAGAAACGUAAGUGUCCAGAAGAAUGUCAACAACAAAAUUUCAUCCAGACUUUGGAUUUUAAAAUGUCAGUAUUGUGGUCUGGGCUGUAUUUAUGACAAAGCUUGGGGCCUAAAGUGGCAGGUUGGAGGGGCAGCAACAGGGGCUGUGUUCCACAAUUAAGCAAGAAAUCUCAUGUGUGCUGCCUUUCAUAAAUUCUUAUAUAACAAUCAGCAGCCGCAGUAUGUUUGGGAUUGUGUCUGAAAGGCCGGCUGUAGGGGAAAUACUGUGUAUGUUUGGCUAUACGUGUGUGUAUAUGAAUGUGUGUUUAUGUACUGGAUGUGUGUGUGUGUUUAUGUACUGGAUGUGUGUGUUUGUUUAUUUACUGGAUGUGUGUGUGUGUGUGUGUUUAUGUACUGGAUCUGUGUGUUUGGUUAUGUACUGGAUGUGUGUGUGUGUUUAUGUACUGGAUGUGUGUGUUUGUUUAUGUACUGGAUGUGUGUGUGUUUAUGUACUGGAUGUGUGUGUGUGUGUUUAUGUACUGGAUCUGUGUGUUUGGUUAUGUACUGGAUAUGUGUGUGUUUGUUUAUGUACUGGAUGUGUGUGUGUGUGUUUAUGUACUGGAUCUGUGUGUUUGGUUAUGUACUGGAUAUGUGUGUGUGUGUUUAUGUACUGGAUGUGUGUGUUUGUUUAUGUACUGGAUGUGUGUGUGUGUGUGUGUUUAUGUACUGGAUCUGUGUGUUUGGUUAUGUACUGGAUGUGUGUGUGUGUUUAUGUACUGGAUGUGUGUGUUUGUUUAUGUACUGGAUGUGUGUGUGUUUAUGUACUGGAUGUGUGUGUGUUUAUGUACUGGAUCUGUGUGUUUGGUUAUGUACUGGAUGUGUGUGUGUGUUUAUGUACUGGAUGUGUGUGUUUGUUUAUGUACUGGAUGUGUGUGUGUGUGUUUAUGUACUGGAUGUGUGUGUGUUUGUUUAUGUACUGGAUGUGUGUGUGUGUGUUUAUGUACUGGAUCUGUGUGUUUGGUUAUGUACUGUAUAUGUGUGUGUGUUUAUGUACUGGAUGUGUGUGUUUGUUUAUGUACUGGAUGUGUGUGUGUUUGUUUAUGUACUGGAUGUGUGUGUUUGUUUAUGUACUGGAUGUGUGUGUUUGUUUAUGUACUGGAUGUGUGUGUGUUUGUUUAUGUAGUGGACGUGUGUGUGUUUGUUUAUGUACUGGAUGUGUGUGUGUGUUUAUGUGAGCAUGUCAGUGACUGAUGUUGUAUGUGUGGUAAAAUGGGGGUACUUUGAUAUAAUGGUCUAAGGACAUCGUAACAACCUUCUGCCUUUACUGAUUGGAGAGGGUUUUGCAUUUCUAAAAAAUUUGGAGAAUUCCAGGUUUCAUGAGAUUGCCAUAAGAAAAUGAUUAUAUUUAAUAAUCGAUAAAUGAGAAAUUCUGUGCUCAGAUCCAUUGCUCUCAUACAUCUUUUUUCUUGGUUUCUAUUUUGACAGAAUUGGCUAAUCCUGACCCAAAAAAUGUAAAAGGAAAACCAGUUAAAUCUGCCACAAAGCGUGGUCUGAUAACAGAGCAGGAGGUAAGUUAGAAGGGGUGACAGGGGACCUCCGUAUGGUGCUGUCUUUUUAAAACACACUUGAGCUACGCUGCCUCACUGGAGCACUCGGUUAAAGAGUGGCUCUAAGAAUUAUCACGUGAUUGCAAAGAUUAUAGUGCAGGGUACACUGCUCUGAGACUGGCUUCUAACUGGAGCAAUUUGUAAAAAUCACACAAUCACAAGACAGCCCAUCAGAGCUAAUAUUCACACUCCUACCAAAGCACUGAAAUGCCUUUGUGAUUCAUAUUUUAGAAUAAUGACAGAUUCACUGAAAUCCUUCCAUCGGCACUGAUUCUAUAAUUUAUCAUAGAGACUAAUGGUAUAUUAAAUGGAAGUGUUUUAAAUAAUAUCGCCACGUUUUGGUUUCGUACCACAGCUCUGUGGGUGUUACACUAUUGUCCUUCUGUGCGUACUGUCAGGACUAGUCUGGUGGGGAUCUUUCUCCUAGCAGGUCAGUCCUCCUCCAUGAUACCAACACACAGACUUUGUUGUCACCGUAUCGGCUUCAGAACAGAAAUGGAGUGUCACCACUUGUUUUACCAGCCCUGCUAUUCGAUAGUAUUUGGGAUGCUUGUUUUUCUCCCACUCUAUACACUUGCCAACAAUCCUGAUAUCACAAAGUAUAGACAGAUUAAACAUGUGCUCCUGGUGGAGAGGUAUCAGCUCCCACAGACUGAAUUAUUUUGGGCAGUCCGACUCCUUCACUUGGUACCAUCCUUUCUACGAGCAUAUCCUUAAGGAGAGUACACGUUUUAUGAAUUUAACUGCAAACUGGCCCAUAAAAAAUGGGAGUGCUGUCUCUGCUGUUUGCCAACCCUCAUUUAGUGACCUACCCUGCUCAACUACAUUAUCUCUCGAAAUGGAAUUAUGAUUUAGGGGUGGAGUUGGAGAAGAGUGAGUGGAACAAAAUAUUUAUUAAUACAAUGCAUAUUACCCAAUCAACCCACGUCAAAGAAAACUGCUAUGAAGGCGUGAUGGUGAAACCUCCCCAUAAUGCCAGACCUAACACUGGUGAGACCUCACUUGGAGUAUUGUACACAGUACUGGAGACCGUAUUUUCAGAAGGAUAUUGAUACCUUAGAGAGGGUUCAGAGAAGGGCUACUAAACUGGUUCAUGGAUUGCGGGAUAAAACUUACCAGGAAAGGUUAAAGGAUCUUAACAUGUAUAGCUUGGAGGAAAGACGAGACAGGGGGGAUAUGAUAGAAACAUUUAAAUAUAUAAAGGGAAUCAACACAGUAAAGGAGGAGACUAUAUUUAAAAGAAGAAAAACUACCACAACAAGAGGACAUAGUCUUAAAUUAGAGGGACAAAGGUUUAAAAAUAAUAUCAGGAAGUAUUACUUUACUGAGAGGGUAGUGGAUGCAUGGAAUAGCCUUCCAGCUGAAGUGGUAGAGGUUAACACAGUAAAGGAGUUUAAGCAUGCGUGGGAUAGGCAUAAGGCUAUCCUAACUAUAAGAUAAGACUAGGGACUAAUGAAAGUUUUUAGAAAAUUGGGCAGACUAGAUGGGCCGAAUGGUUCUUAUCUGCUGUCACAUUCUAUGUUUCUAUGAUGGUACCUACACCCCUCCUCAUUCAGACAUGGUUUCAACCUGUUUAGGGGGUAUGGGGAGGAGGGUACGCACCUGCACUAAUGGUGGUCAUGUCCCAAGGUUCAGCCCUUCAGCUGUCAUGCUGCCUUCAGGUAGCCCUCCCCUAGAGCUGUGGGUGGCUGUUCACAACAGGGAAUACAGGGGAAUAUUUAAGGUUGAAAUAACUCCAACUUUUCCAAUUCCACUAUUUUGGCCGAAACAAUUGGAUUCCAUAAUCAGUGCGUCACAGUUUGCCAUUUAACCCCUAUUAGCUGCUGUCUGUUUGGACAGAACAAUAAGUAAAUCAAACGAUCUGUUUAAAGUGGUCUCUGUACAUGACAAAGAAAUGUUACUUUAAAAACUGAUUUAAUUUCUUUAUUUCAGAAGACUGAACACAGUGAAAUGACAAUGAAUCCUUUGCUGGAACAAGCCGUAUCCCGAGACGGAAAAAUAUUUCUGUCUGGUAACAAAGUCCUCAUGGAUUUAAACCUUACAGGUACGCAACCAAGCGUGGAAUUUGGGUAUCACUGUUUUCAGGAAUUAUAGGAAGGUGUAAGUGAAAGAACCUAAACCUAUAAUUGGAGCGCUAAAACAAAUUAUAACUUAACACACGUUACUUGGUUAAAUGUUUGGUGUGGAGUACAUGUAAUAGGACAACAAACAAAGGGUACAAAAUAGUGCAGAUGGUACCUAAAAUUGGAAUCCAGUAUAUAAUGUGACAGUCAGGACACUCACAUUUAACAGAGCCUGUGUGUGAAUACUGGCUCUGCAAUCAAGCUGAUGUGCUUUUAUGGCAGCACCCCCCUUCCGCUUCGUUGUGGGGUGAUUCUCAUGAAUAAAACAUAAGAGAAACAAACCAAUGUGUAGCCUGUUAAACUGGAAGGUGGAAAAGUAAGCGAUAAAUGGGGUGCUCACCUUGUUCUGAGCCUAGUGGUCCCGGCUCUGAGGUGUGCUGGUACUGUGCCAAAUUUGGUGGGGAUGGGAUCACUGUUUUCAAGUUUGAUUAUUUUGGAAUAAGGUUUGAAAUGCACUUUUCGUUCCCAAACAUUCACAUGUUGUUGUAUAACCUGCUGAGACAUGGGAUGUUUUCAAAUAUUCUUAAAACAUUAAGCACCCUUAAAUUCCAUUAGUUUGUUACUGUGUUUUGUCACUUUUUUCCAGUAGUUUUCAGCUAUUUCCUGUGACUUUCUUCAUUAGUGGCGCGGAGGGUGAGAGACCGAAGUCUGAUCUGUAUGAUGAGUUCCAUAGCACAUUGACAGGAGUUUAUAUCAAACGUUUAUAAAAAUUAUAAAACUUUUAAACCGUAAAUUCAUCAUAUUGAUUGUGUUUGUCUUAUUUUUUUUAGUUUGUGAUUUUACGUUUCUAAGUACAAUAAACCGGUUGGAGAGAUCAAGCUGUGAAGCAGUAAUUCUUCUUUUUUCCUUCGUUUUAUCAAUGUAUUUCCAAACCGUUUUGAUGUAUAAUAAGAGGUUUAGGCUAAUAUUUUACUGAUGUCCUAUGUGCAGGAAACAGAAUCACAGAACAAGGCUUGAGAGGGUUCUUGACAGCAAUGGAGACUCAAGUCCAGGAAUCUACGCUUAUCCCAGGAACCAAGACACACACUGGGCUACUCCGACUUUCCUUAACGGUGAGCAAGUCCAGCUAUUAGCAUUUACUAGAGGCAUCAAUACAACUUUAUAAUAGAUUUAAGUGCGGUGUAAGUAACAAAGACCUACACCUAUAAGUGGAGCUCUCAAACACAUAUAUAGCUUACCAAAUGUUAUUUCGUACCAUGGUACAGUAAAAAGUACAUGUGAAAAAAAUACAGAAAAAUACAAUAUAGUGCAGAUGGUAUUUAAAGUGGCAAUGCAAUAAUAAUGAUGGAAUCUUAAUGACUUAGACACUCACAUUUCAAGGAGCCUGUAUAUGGAAACACUGGCUCCGUAUCAAGGCUUGUGUGCUUAUAAUGGUAGCACCACCCUCCUACUUCGAUUAGGAAUGAUUCUCAAAGAUAAAAACAGAGGGAGAGCGAACCAAUGUGUAGAUUGCGGUCAUAAAAGCACACAUAUAUAUUAAUAAAUGUGGUGCUCAACUAGUCCUGAGCCUGUGGGUCCUGGCUCUAGGUAUAUAAACUCUGUGCCAAUUUGAAUGGGGAUGGCACUGCCCCUAUGAAGAUUCUCUUGGAGGCUCCAAAAAAAGGACUUGAGUAAGAUAUAAAAUAAAAUAACAAAUUUAUUAAUAAGAACAAAUAGUGUAAAAAAAGUCCUCAAUAAAAGUCCUUUAAAAAUGGUCAACACGCGUUUCACUUUCAAAUAGAGCUUCUUCAGUCAGCUGUAAUGUAGGUCCUCUGAAUCUUCCAUUUUUAAAUGUCUCUUGGGUCUUCCCCUUUAAUGAGCUAAAUGCAUUUAGUCCAAUCACAAUGUAGUUUACAUAUAUCAAGUGUAAAGAAAUGUGUGUGUGUGUCUUUAAUUGGUAGAGGUUGUGGGCGUCUUUAUUUGCUCUUGUUUUCAUUGGUGGGCAGUAGUGGUUGGCGGAAGUGUUCCGCGGGCCUCCUGGUGGUUGGCGGAAUUGACGUCACAUAUCCACGUGAUCGUCACUCCGCGGUUGGCGGACAUGACGUCCGGGCGGUUGGCGGAAGUGACGUCACGGACCAACGUGAUCGUCACUUAGCCGCCGCCCGGAAUACCCCUAGCUCCCCGGCCAUGCCGCACCUCUCCCAUGCGUGCAGGUCGGGGGGCGGGGAUUAUAGUGUGGGAGGGGGUAGUCCGUGGCCAUGUACCGCCCUUAGGGCGUGUCGGCAUGGCCGUUAGCUCCUCCCCCUCCAGCUUGAUAGGCAAAUAAUAAAACAGAAAGUGACAUAGAUAAUAAAAUAGGAUAAAACAUUCAUAAGCAUAAUUAAGUGCCAGUGAGCUUUUAUGUUCUGAAUUUAAUUAAUGAUUAUUAGGUUAUAAAAGUGCUUAUAAAGUGAUAUGUGUAUUUAAAGAGGUAGUAGUAAAUAGAAUCAUAUUGAGAUAUAUUGUGUUUACUAAAAGUAUGAGUAUGCAUACUUUAAGUGGUAUUCACAGUAAAUAUGGAAUUAAACCAAAAUUAAUGUGCCAGUGGGUAGGGGUAAUUUGUAUAUACAUUUGCUAAUAAUACAUCAUAUAUAUACACUAUAUCUGCGAUAGUAUACACAUAUAUAUAAAAAUGAUGGAACAUAAUAAAAUAUAUGCGUUUAAAUGAAAUGACAGAGUUCGAAGUCUACAUUCAAACCCUGCGGUUUUAAAGUCCCAAGGUUGAAUAUCCACCUCAUCUCACUCCGUCCCAAUAGCUUGGCGAAAUCCCCUCCUCGCCAAUUACCCUUAACCUUUUGUAUACCCAUAAACCUGAGUUGUGUGGGGUCGCUAUUGUGCGCUAAGGCAAAAUGAUGUGAUACACUAUGUCCCUCAAAUUUUUUCUUGAUGUUUCUGAUGUGUUCUUCAAUCCUAGUGUGUAAAUUUCGUUUAGUGCGGCCCACAUAUUUUAAACCACAUGGGCACUCCAAUAAGUAUACUACAUUGUUUGAAUGACAAGUUAUGAGGUCUUUAAUAGGGAAUUCUUCAUUAUUAUUAGAAUUCAUAAUUUUUUUAAAAUGUCUUUUUUUUGUUAUUUGAGUUCCUGCACGCUAAGCAUGUGCCGCAUCCAUAGAAGCCCUUCCCUUUCUCCAAAAAAGUGGUGUUAUUUGUUUUCUUAAUAUGGUUCUUUACCAAGAGUCUGUUCAAAUUGGCGGCACCCCUAAACACUAUUUUGGGUUUUGCUGGUAAGAUUUGAGCUAAGGCAUGGUCUUGUAGUAGGAUGGGCCAAUGUUUAUUUAAAAUUUUCUUUAGUGCUUUAUUGUUGUGACUGUAGUUACAUAUAAUGGGUAGAUUGACCUCCCCUUCAUUUCGUGUUUUAUUUUUUUCUUGUAAUAAAGUGCUUUGUGGGAUCUUUAAAACUUGUGUGUAAGUGUCUUGUAAUUUUUCUUUUUUAUAGCCCUUUUAUAGUCCAACAGAUCGGUAAUUAAUUUCUCAGCUUGUUCCUUAAAAUUCUCCUCAUCUGUACAGUUUCUUUUAAUUUGUAUAAGUUGUGAUUUAGGUACACUAUUUAACCAUGGGGAGAAAUGACAACUGGAAGUAUGGAUAAAACUAUUAACGUCCACAUCCUUAAAAUGGGUUUUGGUUUUUAUCGUCUCAUGAUCUAUAAAAAAUAUCCAAAUCUAAGAAUGUGACCGUUUGUUUACUAAAAUUGGUUGUUAAAAUAAUGCCCCAUUCAUUAUUAUUUAAUUGAUUUAAAAAGGUGUAUAAUGUAUCCUUUGUGCCUUUCCAAAUAAAAAACAGGUCAUCUAUGUAGCAGCGGUAGGUCACCAGGCCCUCCACCCAGCUCCCAUUGAGUUGAAGAUACUGGCGUUCCCAGUCUGCCAUAAAUAGAUUGGCGUAGCUGGGUGCGAACCUGGUGCCCAUCGCCGUCCCACACGCCUGCAAGUAGAAGGUGUCCUCAUACCACUGGCGUACAUACCAGGGUCGCAGGGGUCGCGACUGCGACCGGGCCCGGCCCACCAGGGGGCCCGGCCGCCCCUGCGACCCGGUAUGUACGCCCAGGGCCAGCCUCUUCCCCUGGGGGGCCAGGAGCCGACCACCCCAGGGCCCCCCCGAGGCUGGCCCUGCUGACCCCGGGUGGCCGGUCGGGCAGGCAGGCGGGCGCGCGAGGGAGCACUCAGUGCUUCUUCUUCAGCUCCCUCGCGCACCGCAAUGAUACCGGAGCCGGAAGAUGACGUCAUCUUCCGGCUCCGGCAUCCCUACGCGGCGCUCGAGGGAGCUGAAGAAGAAGAAGCACUGAGUGCUCCCUCGCGCGCCCGCCUGCCUGCCCGACCGGCCACCCGCCCAGGAGCCCCACUGGACCCCAGGGAAUAAUCCCCCCCAGCACUCCAAAAGGUAAGGAGGCUGGGGGGAUUAUAUAAAAAAAAAAAAUCAUGUGUGAGUGUUAGUGUGUGUGUGUGAGUGUUAGAGUGAGUGUUAGAGUGAGUGUGAGUGUUAGUGUGAGUGUUAGAGUGAGUGUUAGAGUGAGUGUUAGUGUGUGUGUUAGUGUGUGUGAGUGUUAGAGUGAGUGUUAGUGUGUGUCUGCUAGUGAGUGUUAGUGUGUUAGUGUGUGUGUCUGCUAGUGAGUGUCAGUGAGUGUGUUACUGUGUGUGUCUUACUGAGUGUGUGUGUGUUAGUGAGUCUGUUUGAUGUCUGUUAGUGAGUGUGUGUUUGUCAAUGAGAGUGUAUGUUUUGUAAGUGAGUGUGUAUGUAUGUCUGUCGCUGACUGUAUCUCUGUCAGUAAAUGUGUGUGUCUGUUAGCUAGUGUGUAUGCGACUGUAAGUGUGUGUGUGUGUGUGUGUCUUCAGCACUUACCUUUCUCCAGCGCCGGACUCCCUUGGCGCUGAGGAUCCCUCAGCCUCUCAGCUCCGAAUGCGACCGCGCACGCAUUCAAACCGCCCAUAGGAAAGCAUUACUCAAUGCUUUCCUAUGGACGUUCAGUGUGCUCCUCUAGCGGCUGUCCGUGAGACAGCCACUAGAGGCUGGAUUAACCCUCAGUGAAACAUAGCAGUUUCUCUGAAACUGCUAUGUUUUCAGCUGCAGGGUUAAAACUAGAGGGACCUGACACCCAGACAACUUAAUUGACCUGAUGUGAUCUGGGUGUCUGUAGUGGUCCUUUAAGGGACCACUAUAGUGCCAGGAAAACAUACUCGUUUUCCUGGCACUAUAGUGCCCUGAGGGUGCCCCCACCCUCAGGGACCCCCUCCCGCCCGGCUCUGGAAAGGGGUAAAACUUACCUUUUUCCACCGCUGGGCGGAGAGCUCUCCUCCUCCGAUCCUCCUCUUCUCCUCCCCGUCGGCUGUAUGCGCACGCGCGGCAAGAGCUGUUCACGCAUUCAGCCGGUCACAUAGGAAAGCAUUCAUAAUGCUUUCCUAUGGACGCUGGCGUGCUCUCACUGUGAAAAUCACAGUGAGAAGCACGCAAGCGCCUCUAGCGGCUGUCAAUGGGACAGCCACUAGAGGAAAUAGGGGAAGGCUUAACCCAUUCAUAAACACAGCAGUUUCUCUGAAACUGCUAUGUUUAUGAAAAAAUGGGUUAACCCUAGCUCGACCUGGCACCCAGACCACUUCAUUAAGCUGAAGUGGUCUGGGUGCCUAGAGUGGUCCUUUAAGUGUGUGUGCAUCUGCAUGCACUGGCGUACAUACCGCGGUCGCAGGGGUCGCAGCCCUGUAACCCCUGCGACCAGGUGCCCACCGCCAUGUGUUCCGGCCCGCGCGGGGGGGGCCACGGAUCAAUUUUCACACCGGGGCCCCAUGGGUCAUGUGUACGCCACUGCCUCAUACCAAAAGUAAUUGCUGGUUAGGAUUAAUUGUAUAGCUUCCAUAAUAAAAUUGAUUUGAUCCAAUUCAAAUUAAUGAGAUUGCUCUAAAAAGAAUCUCACUGCUGCACAGCCCUUUUGAUGUGAAAUAAUGGUGUAUAGAGAACUGACAUCCGCAGUUACCAAAUAAUAAUCAUGUUCCCAUUUGAUGGUUUGUAGGUGUCUCAGAAUACUUCCUGUGUCCUUAAGGAAACUAGGGAUGCCUUGUACUAUAGGUUGAAGGCACUUGUCCACAUAUUCUGAGAGUCUACAUGAUAUAGAGUUGAUGCCUGAGACUAUAGGUCUUCCAGGUGGAAGUACAGGAUUUUUGUGUAUUUUGGGGAGGUAAUAGAACACAGGAAUCUUUGGGUGUGUUACAUUAAGGUAUUCAAAUUCUUUUUUGUUUAAAAUCUCCUUGUAAAAGCCCCUAUUGAUGAGAUCAUAGAAUCUGGUUUUUAAUUUCGCUUGUUGGAUCACUUUUUAAUCUUGUAUAAGUGGUUUGGUCUUUUAAUAAUCUCAUACACUCUGUGUGGUAAUCUUUAAUGUCUAAGAUGACUAUUCCCCCUCCCUUAUCCGCCGGUUUAAUCACAAUGUUAUUGUCCUUCUGUAAUUUUUUAAAAACUUUGUAUUCGUCUUUGUGAAGGUUUUGUUGGUAGUGGUUAGCUUUCUUUAGUUUGUUAAUGUCUGCCAUCACCAUUUUCUCAUAAGUAGCAAUUUCCCCUGAAAUUAAGUGUUUGAAACAACUUUACCUUAAUGAAGCAGUUUAGGUGUAUAGAUCAUGCCCCCGCAGUCUCACUGACCAGUUCACUUUUAUUUCGGUCUAUGCAGCUGUGGCAAAUCUCGCCACUUCAGUAAAUCUGUGUCCAUGUGUUACUUUUAUACUCUAAAAGACUGAGGGCAUUUGUAUGCUAGUUUCACGAACAAUAGUGGAAUAUACUGUUCGUGAAACGAAUAAACCACCGAACCACACAGGGGAGUCGUGUGUCUCCAAUUAACGAACUGGCAACAUUCUAACCGCAGAACACUAAUGAUAUUAUGGGUGGCCGCCGUUCGUAUAACCGAACACGUGGCGGCGGCCAUCUUUGCUUAUGAACGCCCAGCGAUGUUUGGUCGUCGAGUGCCUGGAACUAGAAUCGGCUACUCAACCUCACGAAUACCGCUGGACUUCCAUGCCGUUCGUCUGAUUUCCUCCAUUCAUGCAAAUAGAUCAGCGUUCGACGGAUUGAACGCCACUGACCCUCAUAUUCAAACAGCCAGGCUAACUGGGUACGGUCAAUAGGUAUUCAUAUGAAACCCUUCAUUGGAAUGGCUUUCCUAUUCUAACGAAUGGGUCUGAGCGGUAUUUCGCCAGAUGGUGCGCUCUCAGAUCCCAGCCAUUCAAUGAGGGGUCUUUCGGGCAAUUCAGUUGAAAAUUAUACAAGUUAUGUAUUUUUAUGUUAAAUGUUAUAUUUUUUCUGUACAGAGAGAUAAUGUAAUUAAAGGUGUACGCAAUUAUCUCUCCAGUACAGAAAGGCAUGAUGGGAAAUAGCAUUGCAGGUUAAGUUUUCCACAGAGUCCACCAGGGGAAAACCCCCUGGAAUGCCAUUAUGGAAACCCCUUGCAUGGGGACUUGUAUAUAAACGGUUGCAUUGCAAUAAAAGCUCAGUUGACUCCCAAACUGUGUGUCGUCCAGUUCUUGGGGAAAAAGGGAUUGUAUUUAGGCUACCUGCAUUUUGUAUGCUGAAUCUGACUACCAGCGGAGAUACUGUGGAUUAUACUACUACUCCGCUACAACAGCCCUAGUCACAUCUCCCCUGGCUGUGACUGACAUAGCCUGCGUGCAAUGAAAUCUUACUUGCUUUACUCUUCUGUAAAUUUAAAACUUAAUCACACACCGCAUGCCCCUGCGGGUCUAGAAGGCUGUUAACCUGGAGAUAUGAAAUUCUAAAUUAAACACACUGUACAAUAAAUCAAGUUUAAACAUUCGAUCUCUCUUUACAGGAAGUGUUUAGGAAAGCUGUGGGAGUCACAUGCUGGGAGGUGUGACUAAGGCUGUAUAAGAAAAAGUGAUUCAACUCCUAAACUAAAACUGCUUCAUUGAGCGAACAUUAUUUUGUUGACUAUAGUGUCCCUUUAAAUACUAUAGUCUAGUACAGGGAUAAGCAACCUUAGGCACCCCAAAUUUUGUGGACUAUAUCUCCCUUAAAGCUUUGCCAGCAUAGUGGCUGUCAGAGCGUUAUAGUAGAUGUAGUCAAAAACAUCUGGAGUGCCAAAGGUUGCUUAUCCCUGAUCUAGUAGAUACAUAAAGUAGCCUUCCAAUGUAAGUAGUAAAGGCUAUCUGUAUUAAAGAAAGGGUAGUAGAUACCUGGAAUAGCCUCCCAGUGGGAAUGGUAAAGGCCAACAGUGAUAUAGAAAGGGUAGUAGAUAGCUGGAAUAGCCUUCCAGUGGGAUCAGUAACAGUGAUAUAAAAAGGGUAGUAGAUACCUGGAAUAGCCUUCCAGUGGGAGCAGUAACAGUGAUAUAAAAAGGGUAGUAGAUACCUGGAAUAGCCUUCCAGUGGGAGCAGUAAUAGUGAUAUAGAAAGGGUAGUAGAUACCAGGAAUAGCCUUCCAGUGGGAGCAGUAAUAGUGAUAUAGAAAGGGUAGUAGAUACCUGGAAUAGCCUUCCAGUGGGAGCAGUAACAGUGAUAUAGAAAGGGUAGUAGAUACUUGGAAUAGCCUUCCAGUGGGAUCAGUAACAGUGAUAUAGAAAGGGUAGUAGAUACCUGGAAUAGCCUGGAAGGCAGAAAAGCAGAAAUUAAACCAUUGUCCAAACCAUUCAUUUUGGCCUAAAGUAUUUUAAAUCCUUUCUCAUUUACCUCUUUUUUGUAAAUUAAUAUCAGUGAUUUUAAAUUGCACACAGUACAUGAAGAAGUUCAUUCUUAUUUGAUGCCGCAGUCUGUGUCUCGUUUGCUCUGUAAAAGGAAAUAUACUUGUAAUCGCUGGUUAAAUAAUCCAUUAUCGGGUUUUACCCUGGUGACUGUAUAUAUACUGAUUGUGGUAUCUAGAUUCAGACUGAUUUCUAAACUGUGUGCUGGAACUCAGGGAGUCCGCACACCCAAACAUACCCACAGGGGUCACAUAUUCAUAAAACCAGUAUAUUAUUAAAGUGAUCUUAAUUCUCCUGAAUUCUGAGUCUUAUAGAAGGAGUGUGAGCUGCAGGUACUGAGUAGUCAUUAUUCGUGUGUCCCCGCUGCUUCUGUCACUAUAGACUGAUGUGUUUAUGUGAAUGUCUCUGGUUUAUCAUGGUCCCUGGUGUCUGAGCCGCACAUUUUAUCAUCUUUAUGUUUAUUCCAUGUGUAAGUUUUGCAAUUUGCAUUUACAUGUUUUCUCCUUAGAACCAUAGAAUCCAGAUUUAAUAUGCCAUUUUUAUAUUUUAUUUUACCAGGGUAACAACUUCUCACCGGCCAGCGCUACGUAUCUAAGGCUUCAGGAAUUAAUGUGUAACAGGGACCCAAUAAACAAACGUACCGGUUCUCCAGAGGAUUCUCCUAAGGACCGCUAGAGACCUGCAUGCUGAAAUGUCUCCUAAUGGCAGAAAAAUGAAUGACACUUUAUUAUAUAUUUUCAUUUUAAUGUGGCACUUUUACCCCCGUAUCAAAAAAAGAGUAUUUCAUAAAGGUAAAAUAGUUAUAAAAUAAACUGUUUGUAAGUCCCCUAAAUUCUCUGGACAUCUGUUCCUUGCAAACUCUUGUCUCAUCUCCCCAAUAUAGCCUAUAGUUUGUAAGCUCACAAAACACAUUGCUAACACUUUUUAUAAAAGCGCUGUAAAUGUUAGAUUGUAAGCUCACAAGUCGAAUCCUUGGUCGUUUUGUAGUUGUAUAUUGUACUGUAUUGAUAACAUUAGUUCCACAAGACUGUAUACAACAGCAGAACACGUUUAAACCUCCAGAAUGUGUUGUCUUUUCUCAGUAAGGUGCUCACAACUUAUUCAAGACAUCCGGAUGUUCAGUGAUAUACAACCAAGUCAGAAUCUAUUUACAGCUAGUUAUAUUCUGGUUUUGAUCACUGUAUACAGUUAAAAUGUUAAUCCACAAUGCCAACAAUACAAUCCCUCCAAGAUUCCAGUAUAGCAGUAUGACGUUUACACACAUUGCUGAUUUUCUAUAUAUAUAAUCUCUCUAAAACCCUCUCAAACCAUAAGCUAUUUGUGCUUUUUCCCCCCUGAUGAUCUGUUGCCCUGUGAACAAUUACUACAUUUCCUUGAUGCUCGUAUUUCUUUAUUAUUGACCAUUACUGGUUAUUUGUAGUAGACUUUUGAGCCUCGGGCACUGUUUUCAUUUUUCACUAACUCUUUUGCUUUGGAAUAAACUGCUUUAAUUUCAUUACCUUUAAAUAUUUUCC